UUAGAGGCCUUGAUUGCACGCACCGUCCUCCGCGCGGUCAACAAUGCACCGAAAAAUGCGUGCAAGAGACCAAGCGGUCGGAGUUUGACAGUUGAAAUAUGGGCUGAACUCUGAAACAAACAAACAAACAAACAAACAAACAAACAAAGAAACCCCCGUGAGAUUUCAUACUGCGGACACACACAGUGACUUGUUUCGAAAUGAGUAAGAGGAAAGGCAAAGAUAUCAGUGAUGUGACAUCUGUCAAGUACCGGCGAGUGGCAGCUGUGGGAGCCAAAGACGUACCAGAUGACACAAACCAUCAGGGGCCAUCUCCCGGCAGCUCAACUGACUCGACCACGGGAGACACUGGCCUCAUUGAAAGCAUCACUCUCAAGAAUUUCAUGUGUCACCACUUGCUCAGCCCCUUCCAGUUAGGGCCGAAUGUGAAUUUCAUUGUCGGCAACAAUGGAAGUGGAAAAAGUGCCAUCCUGACUGCUUUGAUUGUAGGCCUGGGUGGAAAGGCCACUGUCACCAACAGAGGAGUGUCGCUGAGGGAUUUUGUGAAGGAUGGUGAAAAUACUGCAGAUAUAACAGUAAAACUGAGAAACAGAGGACCAGAUGCUUAUAAAAGGGACGUCUACGGCGACUGCAUCUCCAUUGAGCAUCGCAUCUCAAGUGAUGGAUGUCGGACCUGCAGGCUGAAGAGCAAAUCAGGACAAUUUAUUUCAAACAAGAAGGAGGAACUGACCACCAUUUUGGAUCACUUCAACAUCCAGGUACCUAUUGUCGAAGUGGAAGAAGUUACUUUUUUCUCUGCAGCUUUCUUACUACUGCUGGAUAACCCAGUCUCCAUUCUCAACCAAGAAAUGAGUAAACAGUUCCUGCAUUCAAAAAGUGAAUCAGACAAGUAUAAGUUCUUCAUGAAAGCAACUCUGCUGGAACAGAUGAAGAGGGAUUACAUCCAUAUCAAGCACACUAAAACAGUCACACGACAGCAGGUUGAGAGACAAGAGGAGUGUCUUAUGGACCUGAAGCAAGAGUUUCUACAAAGGAAAGAGAGGUAUGAAAACCUAUCGUCCUUCAGUGAGAUGAAGGAGGUUUUGGAGAAUCUGAAGAAAGCAAUGGCAUGGUGUUUGGUCAGAGACAAGGAGCAGUUGCUUCAACAGUUGAAGGAAGACAUUGAAAAGGAAGAGAAUGAUUGCAAACAUCAGGACAACCUUCAGCUCUGUCAGACUAAGCUCAUACAAGUAGAGAAGAAGCUUCAGUUCAUCAAAAGCAGAGUUGACAGUCUGAGAGAGGAGAAGGAGUCUAUAACAGAGGACAAUCUCAAGUUGAAAGAGCAAAUGAAGGUUAUUAGCAAAGCUCACAAGGAACAGGAGCUUGUUUAUUUUCGGGCUGUGAACAAACUAAAACAGUCAGAGCAGGAGCAAAAUCUACUUCGGGAGAAAAUUAACAAGGCAAAAACAAGUGUCAGCCUGAACAGUGAUGGAGAGACAGAAUAUACAAAAGGACAGAAGACCUUAUCCAAUGUGAAAGAGCAGCUUGCAGAGCUUGAGAACAAGUGUUUACAGUUGAAUCAAGAGAUCAAGAAUAAACAUCAGACGCUUUUCAAAGGAAAGGAAGAGCAGGAAAAGCUGAGACUGGAGGAAAGGAAUAUCCAGGUCUCGUACGAGUCCAAACUGAAGAAGAAGAAUCAGCUUCUCGCUAGUCGGUCGAACAAACUGCAGCGGUUUGGCGAUCAUGUACCCGACCUGCUGUGUUCAAUUACUGAGGCUAAUGCUUCAGGACGCUUUCUCAAGAAACCUAUUGGCCCAAUAGGGGCGUGUAUCGGUUUGAAGGAUCCCACCUUAGCCGUAGCUGUGGAGUGCUGUCUGCGAAGCUUCAUGAAAGCGUUCUGCUGUGACAACUACAAGGACGAGGCAGUCCUUCAGGAGCUGAUGUCUCGCUAUUAUCCAAAAGGCCACAGGCCGCAGAUCAUCGUCAGCCCUUUCUCUGAAAAAGUUUACAAUAUACAUGGACGGAAAGCAUGUCAUCCAGAAUACCCAUCUGUGCUGGACAUAAUCACAGGAGCAAGCCCGGUCGUCAUCAACUGCCUGAUUGAUAUGAGAGGGAUUGAAUCAGUUCUAAUAAUCAGAGAGAAAGACGAAGCGAGGAGGGUCAUGCAGCAAGGCCGGCCACCUAAAAACUGCCGUGAGGCCUUCACUGCAGAGGGAGAUCAGGUGUUUCCAAACCGUUAUUACACCUCUGACUUCAGCAUGGCCAAAUAUCUUGGCGGGGACCUUGAAACUGAAAUAAGUAUGUUGGCGUCAGACCUGGAGAAUCACCAGGCUCAGCUGUCCAGGUUUCAUCUCCACGUGACCUCUGUGACUGAGGACAUCAUGAGCAUGGAGAACAGUCUGAACAGCACCAUCAUGACCCUGAAGAAAACUCUGGUCUCUGUGAAUCAAGUCAGGGCAACAAUAACUGAGCUGGAGACCGCUGGUGAGGAGCAAAUCGAUGACAUCAGCUCCUUGGAAGAAGUUGCCCAAGAGAACCAACAGAAAAUCAAGGAAGAAACGCAGACCGUUCAUAAAGCAAAGAAAAAACUCGACAAGCACCAGAAAAUGGCAGAAGACACAGAAUGCAAGUACUCAUCUGUUAGAGAACGGAUUGACCAGCUUUCUGAGGAAAUGGAGCUGUUGAAGGAUGAGCAGCUGAAACUGGAGGCAGAGUUCGCGAGACGUGAACGAAACCUCUGUAUUUUAGAAAACAAACUGAAGUCUCAUGAAGACAACAUCCUAGCUAUGAAAGGUGACCUUGCCCAAAGAGAAGAAGAGUUACAGGAACAUGUGGCCAAAGCCUCAAAGAUCAGUCCUGAACGGCAGCAGGUGACCGGCAGCACCAAGAGCAUCGACACAGAAAUCACUGGGCUGACGAGGAAGAUCGAGGCGUACGAGAGCAGCCACGGCGAGCAGCAGCAGGUGGUCAGGGAGUACGCUGAGGCCCUCACUCUCUACAGAGAGAAAACCAACCAAGUCAGAGACCUGCGGAGGUUCAUCGAUCAACUCGAUCACAUCAUGUCAGACAGGCAGAGCAGAUACAAAAUAAUGCGUAGGUCUCUCUCUGUCAGAUGCAAGUUAUAUUUCAACAACUUCCUGAUAAAGAUGAACUGCUGUGGCUCAAUGAUUUUUGAUCACAACAACGAGACACUGUCAAUCUCGGUAAAACCCCCGGGCAGGGAGGAUGAUGGUGUGAGUGACAUGAGGUCGCUGUCUGGCGGUGAACGCUCCUUCUCCACUGUUUGCUUCAUGCUCUCCCUGUGGGAGAUCACCGAAUCCCCCUUCAGAUGCCUCGAUGAGUUUGAUGUCUACAUGGAUAUGCACAAUCGGAGAAUUUCUCUGGAUCUCCUCCUGGAGCUGUCAGAGCGGCAGCACCUCCGACAGUUUAUCUUCCUUACCCCCCUGACCACCAGUAGUCUACCCAGAACCAGGCUCAUCAAAAUCCACCAGCUUCAAGAUCCAGAAGGAAACCGGAGUGAAACGGGGAGGAAGAUGUUUGAAAUGAGCUCCAGUGACUGAAACAUGAACAGUGACGGAUGUAUGUGAAGAAUGUAUAUUUCAGUAUUACUGUAUGUGUCUGGGAGUCGCUGCAUGUAAAUGUCUUUCCACUUGUGUGUUUGCGGGGGUAAAUUCACGAGUAAACUAUAAGACCAUCUUGUGUUGGGAUCACACCAGCUGCGAUGCCGACCCAUGAGUACUCUGUAGUGAUUGCUACAUUAUUACAUGAGCAGUCCGUAGUCAUGGGUCAGAUCGCAUCCAUCUUCUAACGCAGCCUUCAUUUUGAUCUCGACUACACACCUGUAAAGUUUCAUGACGGUACCCCGCACAGUCGUGACGCUAUUGUGGAGACAAAAUCUUUCCACAGACAGACAGACAGAAAUAUCAGACCCUGCCAAAGUGUUCAAAACCGCCUCCGUGGCAGUUCCCGCUACAGUGGGUGUCUCCAGGACCACAUUUUGCCAUGAUCACACACACAGACUCGCAAGGUGAAAACAAUACCAGCCCCGCUGUUGCGGCCGACAAUGAUGUAUGUGAACUUAUCCCAUUAACGUUUUAUUGUUGUUUUUGCUCUGCCCAGGAAGACCGGGGACUUUUAGGGAUGAGAGUGUUGAGUAGUUUUUCAGUUAAACCUUUUCUGUUCCGCUUGGGUGUAAACAGCAUUAGUGCCUCUGGGGCACUAAUGCUAGCCUGGACUCUGAUUUUUGGUAUUAAUAUUCCGAAUAUUUAUUAUCUGCACAGGGUUACGGGGGUUGGAAAAAAAGCAAAAAAAGACGUUCCUAUGGAGUCAUAUAACUAACUUUGAGAUCUCUGCUAAGUGAACUAGUAAUGGUGAGCAAUGCAGACGUCCAGAACAACACAGGACAUUGUAUGUUAUGUGUUAAAGGUCACACACUGUAUAACUUGAAAUCUUAAGUGUGCUUGUCCUCACUAGGCAAUGACUGUUGUCAUUUUAACUCUUGUGUUUUUAUGAAAUUUUGUAGGCAAUACGGCUCUGAGUAAUGAUGACGUAGUUAAUCACUGGAGUUAUUUUAUAUUUCUUUUUCUCUUAAUUUUAGGGUUGAAUGUGUUUGUUGACAGUUUUAGUUGAUGAUAUUAACUUUUUACUUGUAAUGUUUUUCAUAAAACGUUAACAGUAUCUUUAAAAAUGGUACACCGAAAAUGUUUUUUUAAACUUUACUGUUUGUUUUUGUUUUUUUACCUCAGCAGUCUGGUACCAAAAGACUUGAACACUCAGUGAACCCAGGACUCUACUGAACGUGUCAGUGUUAAUAUUUUUUACAAGAGGCAACGUUUGCUCCUGUUCACUGUUUGAAGUUAAUUAUAUUUGGGAUCUAUGGCACCAACACUGUGCACAACUGCUCUCCAGUUCUCUCCCCUGUUAAAAAAAAAACGCUCAUUGUUUCUCAUCCAGCAGCUGUUAACUGUCAUUUCUGUGAGAACCUGUAACCACUGUUACAAAACAAAUACAUACAUUUUAAGUAAAACCUUAACAACUUUUGUAUGGAUCAUACGUUUCAUACACACAGGACUAUUCAUUCAUGCAUUUCAUUUGUCCAUCCAUACACAGCAACAUAUAUUCAGCACAGUCUUAAAGUAAAAGGCACGACUGGUAUUCAUUUCUUUCUUUCCAUUAACUGCACCUGUCAGAUUGUGUCUUUUGAAAAAGCCUGUUGAUGGUUUAUUAAUUUUAAUCACUACAGAAUUAAGUUUGGGUGCAACACAUGCCACAUGUAUAAAAGAAUACAGUCACUUGUAUUAUGAUUUUUCAUCUUUGAUAUAAACAUUUACCAGACAAAGAAUCUGACAUGAGGACUGGACUGAAAUGAGUAAAUAAUAUAGACAUUAAUAAUGUGAUGGUUGGUUUCUGUUAUG